UGAGACGCUGAGAGGAAGCGGAAGAGGGAGAAGGGGGGGAAUGUGUGUGUGUUUGUGAGUGUGUGUGUGUGUGUUGGGAGAGUGUGUGUGAGCUGCUGCAUCGCUGAGCUACAGAGACCGGAGGCGAGGAGAGCUGGAGCGUUUGUCCUUGAGACUGACUGACUGACUGACUGCAGCUGUAGAGCGGAGGACCAGCCGUCCAGCCAGUGGAUGAAACUGACAACAUCUGGGCAGGAUGUCAGUGAGGGGCUUGGACCCCACCUGUCCCUCCACUAUAAAGCGUGAGCCCUCCAGCCCCAGCCCCAGCUCUCAGGGCGAUGUCAGCCCGGCUCAGCCUAGUCCUGGAAGCACUUCCUCGGACACAAACUCCAGCUACGGGCCCCCGAAAGGCCACAUUCACAGCAAUGGGCUGGACUCGCCAAGCCUCUAUGGUCACACAGCGGGACUGGUCAACAAUGGAGAAGCUAACAGGAGGUUUGUGGAGGAAGAAAGCCAAGUGAAGUGUGAAUUCAUGCUGGGCUCGGUGGCCAAGCGUGUGUGUCUGGUGUGCGGUGAUGUUGCCUCGGGCUACCACUACGGUGUGGCCUCCUGUGAAGCCUGCAAGGCCUUCUUCAAGAGGACCAUCCAGGGUAACAUUGAAUACAGCUGCCCAGCGUCCAAUGAAUGUGAAAUCACCAAGAGGAGAAGGAAAUCCUGCCAGGCCUGUCGAUUUGUGAAAUGUCUGUCUGUGGGCAUGUUGAGAGAAGGUGUGCGUCUGGACCGGGUUCGAGGCGGCAGACAGAAGUACAAGAGGAGAAUAGACGCUGAGAACAGCCCGUAUCUGCACCCACAGAACACCUUGCCCCAGAAAAAAACAUUCAUUGUUGGUGGCGCGAUAGAGAACAAGGUGGUGUCUCUGCUGCUGGUGGCCGAGCCAGAGGGCAUCUUCGCCAUGCCGGACCCCACCGUACCCGAGAGCGACAUCAAGGCUCUGACCACGCUGUGUGACCUGGCUGACCGAGAGCUGGUGGUCAACAUCGGCUGGGCCAAACACAUCCCAGGCUUCCCCUCCCUCUCUCUGGCCGACCAGAUGAGUCUGCUGCAGAGCGGCUGGAUGGAGAUUUUGAUCCUGCGGGUGGUGUUCCGCUCGCUGGUCCUGGAGGACAAGCUGGUGUACGCUGAGGACUACAUCAUGGACGAGGAGCAGUCGAAGCUGGCCGGGCUGCUCGACCUCAACAAUGCCAUCCUGCAGCUGGUGAAGAAGUAUAAAGCCAUGGGGCUGGAAAAGGAGGAGUUUGUGGUUCUCAAGGCUAUCGCGCUUGCUAACUCAGACUCGAUGCAAAUCGAGGACUCAGAGGCCGUUCAGAGACUCCAGGAUGUCCUUCACGGGGCCCUACAGGACUACGAGGCCACCCACCACCCAGAGGACCCUCGGCGGGCCGGCAAACUGAUCAUGACCCUCCCUCUCCUCCGUCAGACGGCUGCUCGUGCUGUCCAGCACUUCUGCAGCAUCAAACAGGACGGCCGCGUGCCAAUGCACAAACUGUUCCUCGAACUGCUGGAGGCCAAAGCUUGACCCCAACACAGACAGCCAUCAGGUUCGUCCUGACCCCCAACGCAGGCGGUCAGGAGGACAGGAAGUGAAGGAUAACGGGUAAUGGUGGGGUUUGACACCAUGUAUUUGUCCAUUUCAGCUUUGACAAUAAGGUUUUGAAUCUGCAGUCGCCGGGGAGCGUGUUCUAGAGGCAAGCAGUGGAACAUUUUAGAGCAACACCCUUCCUACUCUAAAUGACAGUUUGAACGGAGCAGUUUAAUUUGCAUUGAGCGUCUUCUCAACGAUGAGGACACUGUCAUCUUUGCUUUUGGUGACACUAAUUUAAGCGUGUUGACCUGCUUCCAAAGGUCGAAGGCAGAUGGACAAACAGCAUAAACACAGAAGAAAUCGCCUUCUAGACAUAUUAACAGUAACAUGCCAAAUGUAGAGCUUCUUUUGUCAAAGACCACCUGAUACUUGAAGAUCCUCAUGGAUUAUUUUUGAUCCAUCUUGAAGCCUGUUAAUCUGCAAUCUAGUGCAUUUAGGGAGCCUUUUGAUGAUUUGAUUUUGUUCGUCCUUUUUGUAUAGAAAAGGUAAAUGUGUCCUAAGAGGUAAGUCUUGCCAAAGAGUAAAGACUCGUACUAUUAAUACCAGCAUAUGUCCACAGUAAUAUAAUGUGGCCUGUAAGUCAUUCACAUAAACCUGCAUCCCUGCUGUGUUGUGUAUCGCAAAAGUAUCUAUCUACACUACAUCCAUAUAUAAGUAAUUAAAGGGACGCUAUUAAGUGGUCUGCAUCUCAUAAAUCUAUAACUGGCCUGAUUUUAGUAGAACAUUUCAGGGAAAGAGUACUUAAUGAUACAUUAAUACAAAUGUGUGACAGCAAAGUGAUAUUUAUUUAAAAGUGGCUCUGUUCAUUUGCUGUUUUUUAUUUACUAAUGUGGCAUUAAUGAAGAGUAGGUUAAAGCAAUUACAGUGGAUAAUAAUUUUUUAAAAAGAUUUUUAAACGAUAUCAUUGUAAGAUAAUUUUUUACUAGCUUCUCUGCUACAGCACUGAUACCUAUAUAAACCAUAUUGUGAAAAUUCAAGGCAACAUGAUUAUAAUUGGACUUGAAAAUCAUAAUGUUGUAGAGUUGUUGUAGACCCGUAGAUAUAACUUUAACUAUGUAAAAUGGCUGCCAUACUGUAUAAUCUGGAUUAGGGAGGCAUUUGAUGUCCUUUCAAUGGUAGAAGUCUAUGUGUAGGAUGAAAUUUGUGCACUACUUUUUCUUUUAGCCAUAAAGUUUGGGGAAACGGGUGAUGGCGCUCUGUUUAUCUGUUAGUGUGUUUUGUGUGAAGAGUAGUUAUAUCUAAAAAUUUGUCUUUUUUUUUGCACACGUUAAAUGAAGGGGUGAAAUCAGAAGGAAUCUCAGUACAAUGAAUAAAAGUCUUGCUCCUUAUUUUACUCAAGGUACUGUGACGCUAUAAUGUGCAUAUUUUUGUGACAAGAUGACGGCAGCAAUAUGCCGGUUUAAAUGUAUGUACUGUACGUUUUGCUGUAUAUACGUCAUGUCUUAUGCCAACAGAGAUGUUUUAAGAUGCAAAUAAGCAUUGUUUGGAUGAGCUGUGCCGUGCUAUUUCAUUCUCAGGUGGAUUCUUGGGCAAUAAAGAUGAUCCCCUUAAUGCAAAGCUCA